CUGUCUACUAACUAGUCCCUGGGUGAACCUCAAAGAGAAGUGAUAGUAUAGUAAUAUGGUAAACGUUCAGUUCGAACACGCGUCUUUGUAACCACAAAAAAUAGAUUAUACUGUUCUUUGAGUUUGUCUAGUCGAUAUCUAUUAAUGUAAUUAAAUAUACGCGUUGGAUAUUUAACGAGUGUUAUUUUAUCAUAUAUAACAUGGACUGUACGUGUGACUAUAUCCUACCGACGCAACCUAACUGGGAACAACAUUAUGAGAACUGCAGGGUUAAGUGGAAUACGCGCGAAAACAGCGAAUGUCAACAAAAUAACGAUGGGACAUUGCCUCUACGAAAUGCGCAUCUUUUGAAGUUGGAUUGCGAUAUAUUGUACCAUAUGGGACUGGAUACUCAGACUCAUAAUCUACGAGAUAUGUUCGGUGAUGUUAAAUUCGUAUGUGUAGGGGGUACGAAAUACAGGAUGAAGGAAACUGCAAAGUAUAUGGCUCAAAUACUAGAUAUACAGUGUGACUUCACAAAUAUAGUUAAACAGGCCCAUAGGUUCGCUAUGUAUAAGGUUGGCCCCAUUCUGUGCCUGAGUCAUGGUAUGGGGGUUCCUUCGAUGACGAUAGCUCUAGAGGAGUUGUUAAAAAUAUUGUACUACGCAAAAGCGAAGGAUCCCAUAAUAUUUCGACUCGGUACCAGCGGUGGUAUCGGAGUGGACCCCGGCACUGUCGUGAUAUCAUCUUCGGGCCUAAGUGAUACGCUGGAACCCUGUUAUAAACUCGCGAUUUUAGGCCGCGAGAGAAAAUUUCCAUGCGAUUUUGACAAACGCUUGAACCAAGAAUUGAUGUCAGUUGCCGUUGACGAAGAUUUUAAAACUGUCAUCGGUGUUACAUUGUGUGCAAACAAUUUCUACAGGGGCGAAGCGAGAACGGAUGGUGCAUUCUGCGACUACUCCGACGCGGACAAGCAAGAGUUCCUUCAGAAAUUGGUCCAGUUGGGCGUGACGAAUAUGGAGAUGGAGUCGACCGCGUUUGCCGCCUUCACUCGGGAGGCUGGCGUAAGAUCAGCUCUCGUUUGUGUCACAUUCCUGGACCGGUUACUUGGAGACCAGGUAACACCCGAUAAAGAAGUUCUUGCGGAAUGGCAGCAGCGUCCUGCUAAAAUUGUGGGAAAUUAUAUUCUCAAAUAUUAUAAGAAAUAACUUUUUAUAAUAUAAAGGAAUCUGAAGCGACUCCUAUUGCUUGCUUGUCUAACCUGAUCUUUUUUUUAUUGUUUGGCAAAGAAUAAUAAUCGUUAUUGCGUUAUAUUAAAUGACAUAAAUUCAAUAAAUGGAGUUAUAUAUUUUAAAUU